ACCGUCGCAUUCAUUAAAGAUUUUUUCUUUUCCACAUUGCUUUACCAGUUUUGUAUAUAUAUAUAUAUAUAUUAUAUAUAAUAUAUAUAUAAGCUCGAUUUCCCCCAAUUUCUCUCUCUCACAUCUCCUUCAACUGCAAAGAUUGAAGGGAUUCAGAUUAAUUGCACACACAUACACACAGUGAUCUUUUUUCUGCAAUAAGUCUCAUGUUUCAGUGACUAAUUUGGGUAACUGAAAUCUGAAGGCUCAUUGAUUUUGAUUUAAUUAUUUGAACUUGGGCCAGAAGAGGAUCUGGUCUUCAUCUAGAAGCUAAAGAUUCAGUGAGAACAGAUCAAAAUCAUCAAUGAAUUAGCGCUGAUUCUUGAUUUAGUGCUUAAAGAUUCGAUUUUUAGCUUCUUUCUUGGUUUUGGGAGUGUCUAAAUUGAUGGUUAAGAGCAGGAUGUUUGGUGGGAAUGGGGUGCUUUACCCCAUUGUUGCCUUUGCAUCGUGUGUGGCCUUCAUAUACUUGUCGUUUGGGGAUUUGUGGAUCAACAUUCAUGGGGAUGGGAAGUGGAGCUUUGUGGAGAGGAAUGGGACUCAGUUUGUGGUGGAUGGGAUGCCCUUUUAUUUCAAUGGGUGGAAUUCUUACUGGAUGAUGGAUCAUGCUGCUGAUGAGUUUAGGAGAGGGAAGGUUAGGGAGAUGCUGCAGACUGGGGCGAGGAUGGGGCUCACUGUGUGUAGGACUUGGGCUUUUAAUGAUGGGGAGUAUAAUGCUCUUCAAAUUACACCGGGCCGAUUCGAUGAGAGGGUGUUUAGGGCGUUGGAUUAUGUUAUUGCAGAAUCAAGAAGAAACGGGAUAAGGCUCAUGCUGUGCUUGGUAAAUAACUUGCAAGCUUAUGGUGGAAAGACGCAAUAUGUCAAGUGGGCGUGGGAAGAAGGCGUGGGCUUGAGUUCUUCUAAUGACUCGUUCUUUUAUGACCCUUCUAUCCGUCGCUACUUUAAGCAUUACGUUAAGACUGUUCUAACAAGGAGGAACACAUUGACCGGAAUCGAGUAUAGGGACGAUCCAACUAUCUUUGGAUGGGAGUUGAUCAACGAACCCCGCUGUAUGACUGAUAAAUCCGGUGAUACACUUCAGGAUUGGAUCGAAGAAAUGUCGACUUUCAUAAAAGAAAUCGACAGGAACCAUCUGCUUACAGUGGGGCUUGAGGGAUUCUACGGACCUAAAAGUCGGAAAAGAUCGACUGUCAAUCCCGAGAUCUGGGCAUCUGACAUUGGAACGGAUUUCAUUCGCAAUUCAAACCUCUCGACUAUCGAUUUUGCAUCAGUUCACAUUUACCCCGAUCACUGGACACACAACCCGGAUUUCGAAUACAAGCUAAGGUUCGUCUCCAAGUGGAUGAUCUCCCACAUCGAAGACGGCGACAAGGAGCUGAAAAAGCCCGUGAUGUUCACCGAGUUCGGUCUAUCCACAGAGAAUCCGGACUUCACCCCUGCUCAGCGCGAGAGGUUCUACAAAGUGAUUCUCGACAUAAUGUACAAGUCCGCUGGGAAGAACAAGUCGGGAGCGGGAUCCCUCGUGUGGCAGUUCCUGGUGGAAGGGAUGGAGUACUCCAACGACGACUUUGGGAUCAUCCCGUGGAAGAGGCAGUCGACGUAUCAGCUCUUCGCUGAGCACUCGUGCAGGCUCGCGCGAAUCCAAGGUGCACUCUCCACACAAUUAUAUUACUUGAGAAAACUGUGCACACUAAGAAAAUAGAAAAGCCACAGUUUCUUCCCUUUGAUAUGUUUUUUUUGCAAUUUUUUCUAUAUUUUAGGGUGGAAAAAAAAUAUAAAAAUAUAAAAUGAGUGUUACUGUUUAAUUUUAAUUUUUUUUAAUAUAUAUAGAAAGAGUGUUUGAUUUA